AUGGAUAGUCCAAUUUUUGUUCAAUGGCAACAGUGGGAAAAUCGAAUUCAAGAAUGGCUCAGCCAGUCAACUGAGGAUACAUUGGAUCUCGCGAAUACUACAUCUUUCGAACGAAUGAUUUUGAGUAUUUUAUCUGUUAAGUAUAAAAUUGUAUAUCAAAAUCUAAACCAAGAAAGCAGUUCCACCGUAACAAAGAAGCACAGUGAGCGACUAUUCAGUGUUCGACUUUCAAGGAACAAACUCUUCGAUUUGGAGAGGAGAAAAGAACGUGACCGAGACAAACUAAUUCUAUUCGUCCAGUUGACCAGUCGUUAUUUGACUUCAGAACAAAUGAACAGUGAGACAUCACCGGAAUGGCAAGAAUUAAAUGAACUUUGCGACUGGCAUGGAAGUGUUUUCUUACAACGUUUUAGGAAUUGUCUACUUCAAUUCUUACGCGAGUUAAUAUUCGCAAAUUCAGCUUACCAAGAAUUCAUUAGUCAACCUGUCAAAGUUCCGGUUGUACCUGAAGUCAUCAAUCAAAUCUAUGAAGUACGCAACGAUGGAAAAGUUUUUCUAAGUGUUGAUAUGAAAUCUGCAAACUUCUCCAUGCUUCAAUAUAUACACACUAUCGAUGCUCAGAUGUACCCAACUUGGGCAGAUUUUCUCUCAGUAUUCGUUGGAGCCCGACCCAUAAUCACAAACAGCAGAAAAUUACGAAUGGAUUGUUUCGGUGAUCUGCCUGAGCGUCACAAACUACACGCAUUGUAUUUAUAUUACACGACGAAUAUUUAUCAAACGACUCUUCGUCGUUGUCUAGCUGAAAAAAACGUCGACGCGGAGUGUGCAGCUUUGACUGGAGAUGAAGUGGUAUUUCAUUUAGAUGACUCCAUCGAUACGGACAGAAUAUGUGACUUGGUGCAAUAUGUACAAUCGUCUCUCGAUAAAGAAAGUCCGUUGGUUAGAUUCGUUGUACAAGCAUAUCGCAUCCGUGCGUUCAAUUGGCAGCAAGAGCAUUUAUGCUUUGCACGAUUAUUUAUUGGUGACAAUGACAAUAAGUUUGAUUUGAAAUGCGUUCCGCACAGAGACAGAAACUAUGAUCAAGCAUGUCAUGAUUUUCUUGAGACGCAUAUAUUAUGA